AGGGUAUUUAUUUUGUGUAUUUAGUCAUGAAUGUAGUCGAACAACAAUCACAAGAGAAUAAUAAUUGUGCUAGAGAUUAUUUCAACACAAAAGCGAACUUAUUACAUGUGUAUUUUCGCGGUUAAAGUUCACGUCGUUCGAGGGCUGGCAUCGACGAUUAGAUUUGGUGGAUCAGAUCAGCGGCAUAUAAUCUUCAGUAGUUGAGAAACUCUUGACUGCCCACUGAGCGCAAUUCGCAUUUCCCUCAGCAAUCAGUCAGUACGCGAUAUUCACCGAAGACGGACGCAUUGCGUUGGCUUCGAUAAUCCAUAACCCAGAACCUGUUUACGUGACUUGAAUACUGUAACUGUUUUACGGCAAAAUGCCAGUCAAACAAGUGAAUCCGGACCUGCAGAAGGAGCGCAACACAGCCACCUUCAAUGCCCGGGAAUUCUCCGUUCUUUGGGCUGGAGGCGAGGAGCGAUUCAAGGAGAAAAAGGCACUCGAGAAAAUGUUUUUGGAGGAUCCUGCCCUUCAAGAUGACUUGCCAGUUUCCUAUUUGUCACACAAAGAGCUUUAUGAGCACAGCUUGAAAAAGGCCUGCAUCAUUGGGGAUAAGAUCCGCAAGCUCCGUGCUGAUGGCGAGGAUGGAGUAGAUACCUAUAAUGCUCUGCUUGGUGGAUCCUUGGGAGCUGCGAUUUUAAAGGAGGGCAAUCCUCUGACGCUGCACUACGUGAUGUUUGUACCCACCAUAAUGGGUCAGGGAACGAUGGACCAGCAGGUGGAAUGGUUAAGCAAGGCUUGGGACUGUGAAAUUAUUGGCACAUAUGCCCAAACAGAGCUGGGACAUGGAACAUUCUUGCGUGGUCUUGAAACCCGGGCUGACUACGAUGCCAGCACACAAGAGUUUGUGAUAAACACACCAUCACUCAGUGCCUACAAAUGGUGGCCAGGAGGAUUGGGACACACUGCCAACCAUGCUGUGGUGGUGGCUCAGCUCUACACCAAGGGCGAGUUCCGUGGCCUGGCUCCUUUUAUUGUUCAGCUGAGGGAUUCUGAUACGCACCGUCCAAUGCCCGGCAUCGAUAUUGGAGAUAUUGGCACCAAGCUAGGCAUGAAGGGUGUGAACAAUGGCUAUCUAGGACUGAAGAACGUUCGGGUGCCUUUGAACAACAUGUUGAUGAAGAACCAGCAGGUUCUACCUGAUGGAACCUAUGUGGCACCCAAGAACAGCGUGCUUACCUACGGAACCAUGAUGUUUGUGCGUUGUGCUCUGAUUCGUGACACCGCUCAGAGCCUGGCCAAGGCAUCAACUAUUGCCACGCGGUACUCAGCUGUCCGCCGGCAAAGUCCCAUUGAUCCAAACCAACCGGAGCCCCAAAUCAUGGAUCACACCACACAGCAGCUUAAGGUGUUCCCCCAGAUAGCAAAGGCUAUCGUAUUUAAGACUACGGGAGAUGGCAUUUGGAAUAUGUAUAACGUGAUAUCUGGUGAGAUCGAGCAGGGUAACCUGGAUCGCCUACCCGAAAUGCACGCUCUGUCCUGCUGCCUGAAGGCCAUCUGUAGUGCUGAUGCUACCGCCGGCGUGGAAACAUGUCGUCUGUCUUGUGGUGGACAUGGUUACAUGGACUGCUCCAAUUUCCCCACGAUAUACGGCAUGACUACGGCUGUCUGCACGUAUGAGGGUGAGAACACGGUUAUGCUGCUGCAGACUGCUCGGUAUCUGGUGAAGAUUUAUGGUCAGGCUUUGAACGGAGAGAAGCUGGUGCCAACGGUUUCCUACAUCAGUGAUGCAAUAAGCCAAAAAAAAUUCGUUAACUUUGAUGGUUCAUUGGAGUCUAUUGUUAAGGCGUUCCAGUUCGUCGCCGCUAACAAAACACGUAUUGCCUAUGAGCAGAUUGAACUGCGACGAAAGCAAGGCUAUGGUACCGAGGUGGCAGCUAAUCUAUGUGGCACCUUUUUGACAGCAGCUGCAGAUCUCCAUGGACGGGCUUUCCUAGCCCAGUCUGCCUAUACGGAACUGUUGGCCUUAUCCCGAGAGGUCUCACCAGCCCUUGCCGAGGUCCUGAAGGUGGUGCUGGAGCUGUAUCUAGUAGAAGCAUGCCUCAACCGCAUUGGCGACUUCUUGCGGUUCAUUGAUUUGACCGAUCAAGAUGUCACGAAACUGGAGGUUCGCCUCGAGAGCUGCUUAAAGCGACUCCGUCCAAAUGCUGUAAACCUGGUGGACAGCUUCGAUCUGCACGAUCGAGUGCUGGACUCCGCGUUAGGUGCCUAUGAUGGCAAUGUGUACGAACACAUCUUCGAGUCCACGAAGAAGAACCCGCUGAACAAAGAACCAGUAAAUGAAGCAUUCCACAAAUAUUUGAAGCCAUUCAUGAAGGCUCACCUCUAGAUUCAUUUUUAUCAAUCGGGAAGAUCCCGAAUACUGUUAUUAUUGUAAAUAUACCUAUAUGUUUGUAUUGUUUUGUAUUGUACAACUGUCUGCUUAGCAAGUGGUCUGAAAGACAAAAUUAAAGUCGUGGCUUAUGCAGUUGAAACUAGGCUGUAAAAUUACACACAAAUAAAAUAUUAUUCAAAUAA